CAGCGUGGUGCUGGGCCAGGUGGACAGCCGCCUGGCGCCCUACAUCAUCGACCUGCAGUCCAUGAACCAGUUCCGCCAGGACACGGGGACCCUCCGCCCAGUUCGCCGCAACUACUACAACCCAUCAUCGGCCCCUGGGAAGGGCGUGGUGUGGGAGUGGGAGAACGACAAUGGCUCCUGGACGCCCUACGACAUGGAGGUGGGCAUCACCAUCCAGCAUGCCUACGAGAAGCAGCACCCCUGGAUCGACCUCACCUCCAUCGGCUUUAGCUACGUCAUUGACUUCAACACCAUGGGCCAGAUCAACCGGCAGACCCAGCGCCAGCGCCGCGUCCGGAGGCGCCUCGAUCUCAUCUACCCCAUGGUCACGGGCACCUUGCCCAAGGCUCAGUCCUGGCCGGCCAGCCCUGGCUCGGCUGCCUCGCCGCCAGCCCCGCCUUGCUCCUGUCCGCAGUGCGUCCUGGUGAUGAGUGUUAAGGCGGCCAUGGUCAACGGAAGCAUUGGGCCCCUGCAGGCUCCAGCAGCCCGCAAGAACAUGCCCCCAUCAGGAGCAGUGAAGUUGCCCCAACCGCCAGGCCCUGGGGCCAAGCCACCAGAUGGGUCAGGCACCAUCCGGGGUCCCCUGAAAACGGCCCCAUCCCAGACAAGCAGGCGACAAGCCUCCAGCAUGCCAGUGGGGGCGACUGCAGGCUCUCCUGCCAGCCCCCCAGGGGCCAAUGGCAAGACCGGAAGGGUGGCCCUGGCGACCUUGAACCGUACCAACCUGCAGCGGCUGGCCAUCGCCCAAUCCCGGGUUCUGAUCGCCUCUGGGGUCCCCACUGUCCCGGUGAAGAACUUGAAUGGGUCCAGUCCUGUGAACCCUGCCCUGGCAGGUAAAACCCCAGAGGAAGUGCUGAAGAAGUAUCUGCAGAAAGUGCGUCACCCCCCAGAUGAGCUAGUGGGUAAGCUGUCCCGCUGCGGCCACGUCUACCACAUCUACUGCCUGGUCGCCAUGUACAACAAUGGGAACAAGGAUGGGAGCCUGCAGUGCCCGACCUGUAAGACCAUUUAUGGGGUGAAGACAGGCACUCAGCCUCCAGGGAAGAUGGAGUACCACCUGAUCCCCCACUCCCUUCCGGGUCACCCGGACUGCAAAACAAUCCGCAUCAUCUAUAGCAUCCCCCCUGGCAUUCAGGGCCCGGAACACCCAAAUCCUGGGAAGAGUUUCAGCGCCCGUGGCUUCCCACGGCACUGUUACCUUCCAGACAGCGAGAAGGGAAGAAAAGUUCUGAAGCUGCUGCUGGUGGCCUGGGACCGGCGCCUCAUCUUUGCCAUCGGCACCUCCAGCACCACGGGGGAAUCAGACACGGUCAUCUGGAACGAAGUCCACCACAAGACAGAGUUCGGCUCUAAUCUCACUGGCCAUGGCUACCCAGAUGCCAAUUACCUGGAUAACGUGUUAUCCGAACUGGCCGCCCAGGGCAUCUCUGAAGACAGUGCUGCCCAGGAGAAGGACUGAGGGGGGAGGGGCUUCGGGAUGGAAUGGACCCAUGGGGGCCACAGGGCAGAAAGUGGGGAGAGUCGAGGUAGAAGUUGGUGCCGUGCCCUCCAGACGCCCUCCCCUCCCCUCCUGUCCUGUCUCCGUCCCUCCCGCGCCUCCCUUCCAGCCACAGGGGGAACCCAGCAGGAAUAAGGCAACAUCAUUCAUACACCUCAUCCAACCCCAAGGGGGAACAUGGGAUGAGGGCCCUCCUCAGUCUGUUACCAUGGGGUUUCCGGUGCUGGGUAGGCAAGAACCCCUCCACCUCCACCCCUGAGUAGGGGGCUUGGUCAGCACGCUUAGAGUAUGGAUGGUGCACGGGCACUCCACACCCUGGCCUUGUGAAGCUGAGGUCGCUGGCCUCAGCACUGCUUCCCCUCUGCUUUGAGAGUGGGGUCUGUGCUAUAUUCUCUCCUCUUCUGGAGGCAGGGAGCGCUGACUGUGCAAGGUUGGGGGGCAAAGGGAUGAACGGCCAAACUGCUGUGACUGAUGCCAGAAACCAGGUGCCUGAGAGUAGGGGGAGGGAGCAUUUCUUGCCGAGAGGGUCAGGGAGGCCCUGCUCUCAGGCUAGCCCUGGGUGCCUCAGGUCCCUCCCCUCCUCCUCACACCUCCCACCUGCCCAAAGAGGAGUCUGGCCUUGUCAUAUGGAUGGAUGGACUCUGGGGUUCCGCUCGGGGCUGGCAUCCAACGAUGCUGAUUCCAGCCCCCUCUGAUCAGACCAGAGCCUGCAUCCUACUGAGCAUCUGACCUGUCCUUGGUGGGGAGGAGCCCAGAGCCUUCUUCCAGCUCACCUCAGACCAGGUCAAAGAUUCCAUUAGUUUCAUCAAGUCACUGUGAAUAGAGCUGACAGUAGGCUCUGUGCCACCAGUGUGUGCAUCUAUGUAUGUGUGUGCAUAUGUGUGUGCACAGACUCCGGGUUCGGGUGGGGAUCAAACAGCCAGGCUGUGGUCUCUUGGCUUUCUUCUCCCGUGGCCAGUCCAUCCCAGAGCUCAUACACAUCCUGCUGGAGACAGCACUGUGCUUGGGGAGAUGUGAUGAGAUGCCCACUCUGCUGAUCCCCUUUUCUGUCUCAAGACUGGGUCAGAGCCAGUCUCCAUCUGUCUUGCCUCUGUGAAGGCUUCUGUCUGUCUCCCUGCUAAAUGGCAAAUCAGAGCCCAGAGGUGAUACUGGCCCCCUCAUCUCUCACAUAUUAGCCUCGUGUGUGGAGAGAGCCUCUUGAGCUCCUUCCUGUCAUGAUUGGGGCCCCACGAUGGUCUGGACCAGCCUGCAUCUGGGUUGUGCCCCACGAUCUCCUCUGUCCCCUGCCAGCGAUUCCUCCUGCCUUUUUGGCUCCUAGAAAGAAAUGAAUUGCGGGGCAGGGAGGAGAGGAAUGGGAUUAAGAAGGAAAAUCCAGUUUCCCCUUUGAAAGUGGGUUUACUGAACUAUGUGUUUGGGGGACUAUUCCUCUGGAUACCGAUUUGAAUUUAGAUACCUCAUGUUUUGGGGGUUUGACGUAUAUAUAUAUAUAUGCAUAUAUAUAUUUCAUAAUAUUGGGGAGGUUUCUGAUGCUAGAGAAAUCAAAACAUAAGAGCCUACAAGCGUGGUACUGAAGUUAGACCUGGAGGCCUAGCAUUCUGGAAAGCCAGCCUCGUAGCUGCUUGCUCUUAGCCUGCAGCCACUUUGACCCUGGUGGGCCCUGUGGAUGCCCCUGGUGUCCCCCAGUGCCUUGCUCGAGCUGGUGCCGGAACCAUUUUCCCUCCACGAAUGGCCACGGGGACGUGACCCUGGUGACCCCGAGGCGCUGUCUGCCAUCUGAGUUGGAUUUUCCUGCCACUCUGUGGUCAGUUAGAUCUCUCACCAGCAGAGCAGGAGGCUGGCCCCAGCUCCCUGCACCACGGGGCAGUUUCCCGCCCGAGCAGGGCCGGCAGAAGACACCUGGAUGAAGGGAGCGAGACACCCCGGUGGUGUUUCUGGGCACACUCCGUGCUCUUUACCGUGUACCCGGGGAGCCAAGCGAUUCCUUUGCGACUCCUUGUAGGCCUCGGACGGCCUCUGCCUUUUAAGCACGUGCCGAGUAUCUGCUGGGCUUAGGUUCCGAGAGUCAAGGGAGCAGCCUGGAGUGUCCGUGGGUCAAAAAAAUCAAACAACCAAAACAACUACAACGGAGGCAGCGAGAGAGAGCGAAUGAAAGGAAGGCCUGCUUGCAGAAUGGGGGAGGGGUGCCAAGGGGCCACGUGAUUUCCCGGGUCGGAAGGUAGAGAUGGAGGAGGAAAUGGUCCAGAAGAGAAGGAUGGACCGGGGAUGUGUCAGGGAGUCUGUAUAGGAGAAUUAGUCUUCAUACUUACAAGCCUUUCCCUUAGAUUGAGACUAUGCCUCGCUUCUCCUCCACCUCUUCCCUCCCUCCUCCUCCACCCCCCUCCUCCUCCAAUGGUCAGUAGAGGCUACCUCCUCCCCACACUGGGCUUGCGGAACCUUCUGGCCAGAAGGGAAGUCGGAAUUUCCUUAUAGCACUGUGCCAGCCCACAUGGGGGGCAGUACUCCUGCGCCCUCUCUUGCACCCACCCUGAACGGUACAGUCUCUGGUUCCGUGGGGACCUGCGAUGCGCCCUCUACCUUGACCCCGGGACACUUUCCCGUGCAGUGUUCCCUUGGCCCAGGCAGGGAAUUCCACGCCUUUCCGUCCAUCGUCUUAGCACCAGCAGCCUCCUUUCUCCCUUCCAAACUCUCGUGAGCUGGAUGACCCGUGGGCUUGGAGACAAACCUUCUCAGAAAGCUCAUCCCUUGGAAGGGGAAUUGUGUCCGUGUGGUUGCCUGUGCCUUUGUGUUUUCAUCCUCCUCCCCGUUUUGUACAAUUUGGACUUCUCUGUGGGUUUUGUUUUGUUUCGUUUUUUAAACUUGGUCCAGAGUGCUCGUCCGUAGUGGCAUGGCACUGACUUGCGCAUGAAAGGGUUGGGACAGCAGACCUCUGGUUGCAGAAGGGCCCCGGUGUGUGGUACAAGCAAGGGCCGCCGCCCUGUGGCCCCCUUUCCCGGUGGUCUGUGGUCGUUAGCAUUUGAGUUGGGGUGGGGGUUUGGGAGAGGGCAGGUGAAUGUCCUGAUGUACCCUUGUUCUGUCUGUUAACUGGUGAAUUUUGAAGUCCUUGGUGUUGCUCUGUGAGGGGACAUCGCCACCUGGUGCUCAUGAGGUGUAUGUGCAGAACAAUAAAUGGGCAAGUGAACGACCACA